CAUUAGCCUCGUUUGAUUUGGAUUUCUGCUGUGCGUUGAACCCAAUUUCUAUAUUUUGAUUCUUGUUAAGAAAUUAGGGUUAGGGUUUACGUUUUUGCGAAACCGGGUUUUUGUUUCUGUGCCAUGUGGCUGGUCAUUAGCAGUCGCUGAAUUCAGGCUGUUUUUGCUCUCCGAGUUUGUGAUUUCCGUUUACAUUUCGAUUCAGGAAGUCACUGCUGUUUCUGUGGCGAUAUUAUUUCCUUCAUUUAUUUUGUUUUCCAAGCUUGUAAGGAUUUUCUUUUAUUGUAUUUGAGUAAGUACCUGUUCAAUUUCGCAUGUUGAGCAAAAGCAAUUAUUCUUGUGGAAUUUUGCUAGUUUAGAACUCUCCCGGAGGUAUUUAUCUGUUCCGGAUAUAUAUGGGUGCACCUAAGCAAAAAUGGACUCCAGAGGAAGAAGCAGCUCUUAAAGCUGGAGUCAUUAAACACGGGCCUGGGAAAUGGCGUACUAUUUUAAAGGAUCCACAAUUCAGCGGAGUUUUGUAUCUUCGGUCCAAUGUUGAUCUGAAAGACAAGUGGAGGAACUUGAGCGUCAUGGCUAAUGGAUGGGGCUCAAGAGAGAAGGCCAGGGUAGCACUAAAACGGAUACACCCAGUCCCCGAUCAUGGGGAGAGCUCUAUGGCACUUGAAGCUGUUUCAAGCCAAAGCGAUGAUGACUUAGUUGAUAGUCGGCCUCAUCCUCCUUCAGGUGGUUCUUCACCGAAUGAUGGUCCAAAGCGAUCAAUCAUGAGGCUGGACAAUCUCAUAAUGGAGGCCAUAAACCACUUGAGGGAACCAGGUGGUUCUAACAAGAACUCCAUAGCUGCCUAUAUAGAGUCCAUAGCUGCCGCCUUUCUAGCCCUCUGGUAUUUAUAUCUCCUUGCUUCUCAUUACUUUCUUCCAUCUUCGACCGCAUUGCUAUCGCCGCUGGUCAACAACCACCAGGAUCAAUACUGGGCUCCUGCAAACUUCAAGAGAAUAUUGUCUGCAAAGUUGAAGCAUUUGGCUGCCAACGGAAGGCUUGUUAAGAUAAAACGCAAGUACAAAUUACCUGGAACUUCUACAUUAUCUGAAAGAAGGGGUCCUAUGGAAGGGAGACAGGGUAUUUCCCCAAGAAUUGAUCGUGAAGAAAUGAAUAAUUUAAUAAAAUCUCAGAUCGAUUCAACUAUUGCCAGUAUAAGUAACAUGACUGCACAGGAAGCUGCAGCAGCUGCAGCUCAAGCAAUUGCUGAAGCUGAGGCUGCAAUCGCUGAAGCUGAAGAGGCCGCUCGGGAAGCUGAAGCAGCUGAAGCUGAUGCUGAAGCAGCACAAGCUUUUGCAGAGGCAGCCCUAAAGACAAUGAAAGGAAGAAACACUCCUAGAGUGGUAAAGUAUAUAUUUCCGUGAAAAAUUACAUAUUUGCUUCGUGCAAAUCUGCAGAAACUCCAUCUAUGGUAGAAAAAUAAUCAAAACCUUGUGAUAUGAGUUUUCUGAGUGGCGUAAGAAAAGAUUGGCUUUGGAAUCUGGAGUUUACCGUUCUAAUGAGAAAUGCUUUAGUCGUUAAUUUGCUGUUAUUUGCCUUUAAAACUGAACUACCUAUUUGAUCUCAAAUGUGAAAUUCAAUUGGUUUGAAAGUAGCCUGGCCAUGGUGGGAAGUAUGUUUUUGUUUGUCGUGAGGAAAUAUAUAUCUAUUCGUGAAAUGGCCUAUAUAGACUUGUCAGCCUCCCAAUUAAAUUCGCCAACCACAUUCGAUGCUGUGACUUUCACUGCACAUCUUGCUCUAUGUUCUGCCAUUAAAAUUAUUCACUUGGAACUAAGUGCAUAUUCAUGUUGUCGCAAUGCUCAAAUUCUAUUGAUUGAUAAAUUU